UUAUAUAUAUACAAUAACACGUUCAUUCUGUGGAUUUCCUAACAAGCGUUGUUAAGAAAACCAAAGUGCUACCAUCUUUCUUUCUGGGGUUUUUUUUUUUUUCUGCACUUAGCUUAGCUACAAGAAAGAGAAGAGAAGAGAAAAAAUUGGAUUCAUCGAUGGCCAUGCAAGAAGCAAUUCCGUACAAAACAUGGCUAACAAUGCCAAGAGACUGCAAGCCUGUGGUGGGCAAUCAAUCUUCGGCGCCGCUGAUGAACAAAGCCGGUUCUUCAUCGUCGAUGUACGUGGACGGCGUUAAGGAACCGAAAGACGGGGCGAAGAACAUGGUUACGGAGAGCGCGGUGGUGGUGUUCGGGCGGCGGGGGUGUUGCAUGGUCCACGUGGUGAGGCGGUUGCUACAAGUGCUGGGGGUCAACCCUGUGGUGAGCGAGAUUGACGAGGAGGUUGAGAAGGAGGUAAUCGAGGAGCUGGAGUCGAUUGGCGGCGCCGGUGACCGGGCGGAGAAGAAGGGGUUGCAGUUUCCGGCGGUGUUCAUCGGUGGCCGGUUGUUUGGAGGGUUGGAUCGGAUUAUGGCGGCGCAUAUUUCCGGCGAGUUGACUCCUGUACUGAAACAGGCUGGGGCCUUGUGGCUGUGAACCAACUAUCAAUAAUCAUUCCUAGUACAUCUUCUGCUAAUUAAUUUGUUACAUUAUGAAAUCUUAAUUUACCAUGUUUUCAAUUUCCCCAAUCCUA